AGCGAUCGAUAACAAAAAUGAAAUUCUUUGUGCUGUGCUCCCUGCUGUCCGUGCUGCUGCUGCUGCUGGUUGGCAGCGCAUGCUGCUUGCCACAGACCCGUGAGGGCGCCGCGUACACGAACGAGGCCAUCCGGCAGGCGCAGCAGACGCUGCUCAUACCCAAGGAUGCGCAGAUCCAGAACGUGCAGGAGGGCAUCGAGCUGGGCGCCUACGAGCAGAUACCCGGCAAUCAGCGCAUCAAUCUCUUCGAUAUUCUCGGCGAUACGGUGCCCUCGGAGGUGAUAAACAAUCUGCAGUCGCAGGUCGAUCAAAUUGGACGCAAUUAAAUUUAAAUCGCAUUUGGAUGCACCUUUUUGUUAAGUU